AUGGCCACGGCGGCGCCUCACGUCAUGGUGCUGCCGCUCGCGGCGCAGGGCCACGUGACCCCGCUCAUGGAGCUGUCGCACCGCCUCGUGGAGCACGGCGUCGAGGUCACCUUCGUCUGCACCGAGCCCACCCACGCGCUCGUCCUCGGCGCCCUGCGACUGCGACAGGCCACGGUGGACGGGAUCCACCUGGUCUCCAUGCCGGACGGCCUGGCCGACGGGGACGACCGCCGGGACCUCGGCAAGGUCCUGGACGCGCUCGCCCGGUGCAUGCCGGGCUACGUGGAGGAGCUCAUCAAGGAGAAGAAGGUGACGUGGCUCGUCGCCGACGCCAACCUGGGGUCCUUGUGCUUCGAGGUCGCCAAGAAGCUCGGCGUUCGGGUCGCCUCCUUCUUCCCGGCGUCCGCUGCAUGCCUUGGGACCUUGUCCAGGAUUCCCCAGCUCAUAGAGGAUGGCUUCUUCGACGACAAAGGCGUCCCGAAGCGACGAGAGGCGGUCGAGCUGGCCCCCGAGAUGCCGCCGGUCUACACGUCGCACAUGCUGUGGAGCGUCGACGGCGGGCCCGAGGUGCAGCACGUGGCCUUCCAGCUGGUGUGCCGGAACACCGAGGCGGCCAGCCUCGCCGACGUCGUCGUCUGCAACUCGUUCCUCGAAGCGGAGGCCACGGCGUUCGAGCUGUUCCCCGACAUACUGCCCAUCGGCCCGCUGCUCGCUGACCCCGGAAAGCCCGUGGGGCAGUUCCUGCCGGAGGACACGAGGUGCCUCGGCUGGCUCGACGCGCAUCCCGACAGCUCCGUGGUGUACGUGGCGUUCGGCACCUCCACCGUCUUCGAGCCCCGCCAGUUCCGGGAGCUCGGCGAGGGGCUGGAGCUCACCGGCCGGCCCUUCCUGUGGGUGGUGCGCCCGGACUUCACGUCCGGCGCCGGCAUCAGCAAGGCCUGGUUCGACGAGUUCGAAGGGCGCGUCGCCGGCAAGGGCAUGAUCGUCAGCUGGUGCUCCCAGCAGCAGGUGCGCGUUCUGGCGCACCGGGCCGUGGCGUGCUUCGUGUCCCACUGCGGAUGGAACUCGACGAUGGAAGGGGUGAGGAACGGCGUGCCCUUCCUGUGCUGGUCCAGACUGAAGGUCGACCAGUACACCAACCGGAGUUACAUCUGCGACAUCUGGAGGACCGGCCUGGCCGUGUCGCCUGGGGAAGAUGGGGUCGUGACCAAGGAGGAGGUGAACACCAAGCUGGAACAGGUCAUGGGUGACCACGGGAUCGCAGAGAGGGCACGGGUGCUCAGGGACGCAGCUCGCAGGAGUCUCGGCGUGGGCGGCUCGUCGUAUGAGAAUUUCAAGAGAUUUAUUAGCCUCCUAAAGGAGUGA